AUGGCUACAGUUACUUCCACGAUGCAGUUCAUGGCUCCCAUGGAUGGGGAGCCAUACUACCGCUCUCAACCCGAUGCCGGCUUCGAUUCAUGCACCUUCAAGUACGAGCCGCACGAAGUACAGGUACACGACGCACGCCCAGAGAAGAACCGUUUCGACCUCGAUACACAUGGAUUCGCCUACGCUGAUGACGCCGAGGGAGCGGAAUUUGUUGAUCAGCUCCGUCAGAACCAGGAGGGCGCCAAGGAGCGAUAUUAUCAGCAUCUUGAGGAUUUCAUCAAGAAGAAGACUGGCGCUACACGUGUUGUCAUAUUCGAUCACACUAUGCGUCGCCGGGAUCCGGCGCUGGCUGGCAAGAAUCCCGAUGGCCGCGAGCAGCCUGCUUCCUAUGUUCAUGUAGAUCAAGGUCCUAUCGGCGCAAAUCGCCGUGUGCACCAACACCUCGGAUAUGAAGCCGACAAGAUUCUCAAGAGCCGAGUGCAGAUCAUCAACGUCUGGCGUCCACUCAACGGUCCUGUGCAAGAUUGGCCUCUGGCCACAAUGGACUUUACCAGUUUGAAAUCCAACAAUUACCACCCUACGAAUCUUUACCGUAACCGUUUCGAGAUUCGUGGUCAGUCCUGUAACAUCUCCCACGAUCCCUCCCAGCGAUGGUACUAUCUUGAUUCCCAACGUAACGAUGAAAUCACCUUCAUCAAGAUCUGGGACAACAAGGUUGCUGUUACUGGAAAGACUUGUGCACACUGCGCUUUCGCGCAUCCCGAGACACCGGAGGAUGCGGUGUUACGUGAGAGUAUGGAGGUGCGAUGCAUUGUCUGCUAUGAAGACCAAGAUUUGAAUCCGAGUCAGUGGUGGGUCUAA